AUGCCUUUUAAAAUCGGAAAGAAUUUUAUAGAAGUAUCCCGCUUGUUACCCCUCCUUCCUUACGCCGAUCAGUUGGAUUCUUAUGCGGAAAUUGCUGGAAAUGGUCUUAAGGAAUCCUUGAGAAGGCUUCUCUCAUCCAGUACCUACUCAUGCCACAACGACCAAAUUCCACGUUACAUUUACAGCUAUAUACAGCAUUUUGGAAUGCGGUUUACCAAAAAGGAGGUGAUAGAUUUAAUUCAAUUUGGACUUUCUCUCGUCCUCUGUCAACAAGUUGACAAAAGCGUUCGUGACAGGUGGAGAUUCGUUGUCAUAAAUCUUUUACGACGUGUCUGGUUGGACGAAAUCAUUCAUAUUUGGUAUCAGCAUUUUGACCUCAAAGCUCACGUCGAGGUUGUUAAUCUACUUGCCAAAUUUGCCCACCUCUUUCCCGGCAGACUUGAUAUGGACCUUCAUUUGGAUCGCAUAUUCAAUUCUCUUGUCACGUUUUACCUUGACAAAAUCAACUACGAUAGUUUAUUAUGCCCGAGUGCCAAAAUCAUUGCCAACUCUCUUACUCCUGAUUCGAAUGUGCUCAAACUUUUGCGACACUUUUUCCACAUUAGUUGCCAUGUCUCCUCAGAGAAUGCCAAAAGAGCUUACUUCCCCAUCUUCUGUUGCGAACUUGUCAAAGCUGUUUUGCGGCGUUUGGAGAGAGAACUGCACUAUAAUGCUGACAUGAAGGAGCACUUGGAUGAAGUUGUCGACUGGGGGCGCUUUAUACCUUUUUCCCUCAAUUUGUCGAGCACAUUACCAGUUAGAAUCGCUGGAUUUUUGGAUGUUUCCAUGUAG